AUGACAGUAACAGAAACCACCUCUUUAGCCUCAUCAGCCAACAAAGAAAUCACAGACGAUGUAUUCGACAGCUCCGUUUUCGACCCGGUGUUGGCGAAAAAGUUGACUCUGGUCAACACGGCCAUUGACCAAAUCGGCAUGACUCCAUUCCAAUGGAAGCUCUUCUUUCUCAACGGGUUUGGAUAUGCCGUUGAUUCGCUUUUGAUCAUCUGCCAAUCUAUCGCCCAGCCAGCUGUUGCGACUGAGUAUGGUGCCCCGAACAAGAAGCUGGCCGGAAUUGCCCUUGCAUCCCAGAUUGGCCUGCUGGUGGGCGCUGCCGUUUGGGGUCUGUCUGCUGAUAUCAUCGGGCGUCGAUUUGCCUUUCAUUCCUCCUUGCUGCUGGCGGCGGUGUUUGCCAUUAUCGCAGGUGGAAUGCCGGGAUAUAUUUCGUUUGCAACUUUGGUGGCCUUGUACUCGGCAGCCGUCGGGGGGAAUUAUAUCCUCGAUUCAACGACUCUGCUGGAAUUUCUUCCAGCACGCAAGUCGUGGCUGGUAACUUUCAUGUCCAUCUGGUGGGCUGUUGGGUACACCAUUGCCGGAUUGCUGGCAUGGGCAUUCAUGAGCAACUUCAGCUGUGCCUCAACUGCGACACCGGCUACGUGUGCGCAUCACGAGAACAUGGGAUGGCGAUACCUGCAUUUCACCAUUGGCGGGCUAGUGCUUGUUCUCAGUCUGCUGCGGGUGUUUGUGAUCCGCAUGGUGCAGACGCCGAAAUGGCUGAUAUCGCAGAAUCGUGACGAAGAAGUCAUUACCUUUUUGACCGGGUUGGCAGGGAAGUAUAAUCGUCAAUUCAGUCUGACCUUGAACGAUCUCCUCAAUGAAGGCGACGUCAUUCAUACAGAUCAGUCGGCCUGGUCGUCUGUCCGACUGUUAGAGCAUUUCAGCGGACUGUUUCAAACGAGAAAGCUCGGCUGGUCGUAUAUCAUCAUCAUCCUUAACUGGUUCGUGAUUGGUAUCGUCAGCCCUCUUUACCACGUCUUUCUUCCGUAUUAUCUCAAAUCCCAGGGCGUCAAGGUCAAGAGCAGCUCGAACUAUAUCAUCUGGAGAAACUACGCGAUCAACCAGGCCGUGGGACUAGUCGGUCCCAUCAUUGCUGGUCUUUUAGUCGAAACCAAGAUCUUUGGUCGUCGAGGUACCAUGGCCCUUGGUGCGUUGCUCACCAUGGUGCUGCAGUUUGGAUACACGCAGAUCAAAACUCCAGCGCAGAAUGUGGGUGUUUCUGCUGCCAUUUCUGCUGCGACGAAUAUCUACUACGGAACAAUGUACGCAUAUACCCCUGAAAUCCUGCCAUCUGCACACCGCGCCACGGGAUAUGCAAUCUGCGUGAUGUUUAACCGGCUCGGGGGUAUUCUGGGUGUGAUUAUUGGAAGCUAUUCGAAUGUCGAGACGACAACGCCACUGUUCGUGUGUGCUGCUUUGUUUGCUUUGUUGAUUAUCCUCAGCCUUCUUCUUCCUUUUGAGAGUCGUGGGAAGAGAACGCAGUAG